UCCAGAGACGAAAGAUGAAUACCAGCAAAUUCUGCCUAGUGUUGCUCCUUGGAGUGGUGCUUCUCAGCACUGCCUCACUGGCUGACCACCAUGAGUCUCCCAAACAUGAGCACAAACCUCCUAAGGGAGAAAAGCCACCCCCAAAACACAAGCCACCAACCUCACUCAAUAAGGAAGAGAAGCCAUUGCCAGAACACAAACCACCAACCCCAGGUAAGGGAGAGAAGCCACCACCACAUGAUCAUCACCCUGGACGCCUUCUAUUGGAGUCUACUUCCAUCGAUGGCAAACCUCCUCCAAAGGGAGAAAAGCCACCACCAAAACACAAGCCACCAACCCCACUUGACAAGGAAGAGAAACCAUUCCCAGAACACAAGCCACCAAAGGGUAAAGGAGAGAAGCCAACACCAGAGCACAAGCCACCACAUGAUCAUCACCCUGGACACCUUCUAUUGGAGUCAUCUUCCAUUGAUGGUAAAGCUCCUCCCAAGGGAGCAAAGCCACCACCAAAACACAAGCCACCAACCUCAGUUGAAGAGGGAGAGAAGAAACCAUUCCCAGAACACAAGCCACCAAAAGGUAAAGGAGAGAAGCCACCACCUGAGCACAAGCCACCACAUGAUCAUCACCCAGAAGAUCAUAAAGACUCGCAAAGGCCACCCCGAAAGAACUUGAAGCCUUCAACUGCUGAAAAGAAGCCACCAAGUCCUUCUCACAAGCCACCCCACAAACCCCCAACUGCCAACUGAAUGCAUAGCUAAAUAUUUAGAAAUAAGAGCUACAACUUAUGUUAUCUUUAAGCUUGUAAUUCACUGUUUCAUUCGUGGAACAGCUACUACUAGUAGUGAGCUAUUUUCAUGUUGUGUACUCGUUUAUAUAGUGUUUGUUGUUAGUUGUGUUGCUUAUGGGUAUUGACAUGCAGUUAUAUAUGCUUCCUCGUACUA